AUGAAAGAGGACAAUUCAAAGCUGAUACAGAAAUACAAACAGGACCUGGAGAUGUACGACAAACAACUCAAACAACAAAUACAGGAAUGUAAGACAGCACUUCAGCAGGGUUCUGACUUAAACAUUUACGAUACAAGAUGUGAAAUAGAUUCCCAAAUACAUUUCCCUGUUAAACCUGUCCUGGGUAAUGUCAGCUUCACUCCAAACAAAAAUCCUCAAGGUCACCUAAAGCUUGCUUUAGGGAAAGUUAUCAUCUCAGGUCAAGGUCAAACAUCAACUGACCAGGAUCGGUCAGUCUCAACAUCAGAUGGUCAGGGACAGUCCUCUACACAACAACAAUCAGGAGAUAAAGGGAAGAAAGCAGUGACAAGGAAGGGUACAGUAAUACAGGAGGUCACACACAAGGCUGUGAUCAAUGACAUUAGUGUGUCACCAACAACACACAGACUGUGGGUCUGUGACAGAGAAAACAACAUCCUGGAGCUGGUAUCAGGACAACUAACACACAGAUUCAGAACCAAGGAGGAACCCAGGUGUUUAUGUGUUACAGCCAGUAACCAUGUCAUUGUAGGCAUGCCCAAACGCAUCUCUAAAUUUACAACACAAGGUCAGAUGGUGCUCACUACAAUGGCUGUAGGGACUGGGAAACCAUUAGUGUGUACACCAUGGAGGAUCACAGAGUGUCCUGUCACUCACAAUGUCGCAGUGAUUGAUUUCAGUGAUAAAGAUGAUGGUGGUGAUGGAAACAAACAUGUUGUUGUCAUGGAUACUAACUUCCAGGAACUGUUUGUAUACAGAGGUGACAUCCCCAGUACAUAUAAAACACAACUAACAGGAGGUGAACCAUUUUCCCCCUGGAGUGUGGUGUAUGAUAGUGUGGGGAACCUCAUCAUAGGGGACUUUAACAACUACAGAGGUCCUACUCCUCAGUGGAGGUG